AACAUCGUGCGACUACUCUUUCUCUGCCUCUCUCUGUCUCUUUCCUCAGCUGUUCCUCGAUCACAAAAGCUGGGAUAUCAGUUACCGGGUCCCGACCAAUCCCUGCGCGCUGUCAGAGCUCGAUAGGAGAGCAGACCGGAGAGAGGCAGGCAGACUGGGGAGAAAGCGAGAGAAGCACACACCCAGUCAUCUAUCCAUCCAUAAUCUUAUCCUCCACCCCCCUCUUGGCCCGACAGACCGACACUCCUUCCUUUCGCCCGCCAAGUCCCCCUGACUGCAGCUGUUUGGUUUAACAAGAAGGCGCGAGGCAGGAUGCGCGAUGGGACAAGCGUGCGGACACGCGCUCCUCUGCCGUAGCCAACCGCCGUCCUCUGAGAUACGUGGUCAGCAAGUGUUUCUGCGUCCUGAAGAGAGUUCAGCUCCAGCUCUGAGUGCACGGCAGUCCACCACGUUGUCCGAACAGCUCCAGGAUGCUUUGCUGCAGCUUGCAGCAGUUGUUGAUGCACGCUCGCUGCGAACGGCCCUGCGAGACAGCAUACAGGAGCUGCUUCCCGGCACGGACUGUGUGUGUGUCUACAUGGUGGAGGGAGGCUCGAGGCUGCUGUCUGAUGACCCGCCACAUGAACUGCCUAAAGAUGGAAAGAUCAGGAGUAUUGCAGACCAGCUGAAGCGGUGUCAGUGCGCUGGCCUUCCUCCAUCUGAACUGCCAGAGAAGUACAGAAUCUGCCUUGCAUCGCCGUUACCAGCACACAGAAGAGCUCUUGUGAUUCCUAUCUUGGAUGAGGAUCAGGACAAGGUCCUUGCUGUCUUACUUGUUGGCUGUAACCCACCAUCGGAUCAAGAUGAAGUGCAUCUGAACGUGCUGGAAAAACAUGCCUCUGUGGCGUGUGUCCGCAUCCAGGCUGUACAGACAGCCUAUCAGAGGCCUCCUCUCAGCCCUUCUCCUCUGCAGUCCCACAAUGCUCUGCUGCAUCUCAAUGUCUCAGAGCAGGACUACUGUGAGCUGGACCGCAAUAUUCUACAGCUCUGUGGUGAGCUCUAUGACCUUGAUGCCGCUUCUCUCCAGCUCAAAGUCAUCAAUUAUUUGCAGCAGCAGACGCAGUCCCAGUGUUGCUGUUUGUUAUUGGUGUCCGAGGAUAACCACCAGCUAUUUUGCCAGGUAGUUGGAGACAAAGUCCUGGAGGAGGAGAUCAGCUUCCCGCUAAUGUUUGGGCGUUUUGGACAAGUUGUCGAAAAAAAGAAGUCAAUUUCUCUUCAGGACAUCAGUGCUGAGGAGCGCAGGCAGCUGUCCAGUAUGCUGGGCUGUGAGAUCUCCUCCAUGCUCUGUGUCCCUGUGGUCAGCAGAGCCACCGGUCACGUGGUGGCUCUAGCGUGUGCCUUCAACAAAAAGGGUGGGCAGAGACACACAGAGGCAGACGAGCAUGCAAUCCAGCACUGUUUCUGCUACACUUCAACAGUCCUCACUUCUACUUUGGCCUUCCAGAAAGAACAGAAACUCAAAGUGGAGUGCCAGGCGCUCCUACAAGUGGCCAAGAAUCUCUUCACACACUUGGAUGACGUGUCAGUGCUGUUACAGGAAAUUAUAGUGGAAGCCAGGAACCUCAGUGAUGCAGAGAUUUGUUCAGUGUUCCUCCUGGAUCGGGUCAGCCACGAGUUAGUGGCAAAGGUGUUUGACGGUGGUGUGGUUAGCGAUGAAGAGAAGGAGUUCCGUAUCCCUGCUGAUCAGGGCAUUGCAGGCCAUGUUGCAACCACUGGUCAGAUUUUGAACAUUAAGGACGCCUACUCCCAUCCUCUGUUCUACCGCGGUGUCGAUGACAGCACUGGCUUCAGGACUCGCAACAUCCUCUGCUUUCCCAUCAAAGAUGAGAACAAUGAAGUGAUUGGCGUCGCUGAGUUGGUGAAUAAGAUGAACGGGCCGUGGUUCAACCGCUUUGAUGAGGAUCUGGCCACAGCUUUUUCCAUCUACUGCGGUAUCAGCAUCGCCCACUCUCUGCUUUACAAGAGAGUCCACGAAGCUCAGUUUAGGUCCCACCUGGCCAAUGAAAUGAUGAUGUACCACAUGAAGGUGUCAGAGGAAGAGGUUUCUAAGCUGCUGGUGACUGGGACUGAACCAGUGAAGGAGAUUGACCCGUGCUUUGCUGAGUUCACCUACACACCACGCUCCCUGCCUGAUGACACCACACACAUGUGCGUCCUCAGCAUGUUUGAAGACAUGGGCUUCAUCAACACGUUCAAGCUUGACCUGCAGACUCUCGGCAGGUUCUGUCUCAUGGUGAAGAAAGGCUACAGGGACCCUCCCUACCACAACUGGAUGCAUGCGUUCUCAGUCUCACACUUCUGCUACCUACUCUACAAAAACCUAGGGCUGUCCAACUACCUCGAGGACAUAGAGAUUUUAGCUCUUUUUGUCUCCUGUAUGUGCCAUGACCUGGAUCACCGUGGCACCAACAAUUCUUUCCAGGUGGCCUCGCAAUCAGUGCUAGCUGCUCUCUACAGCUCAGAGGGAUCUGUGAUGGAGAGACAUCACUUUGCACAGGCUAUUGCUAUUCUAAACACUCAAGGCUGCAACAUCUUUGAGAAGUUCUCCAGGAAGGACUACCAGCGGAUGUUGGAUUUGAUGAGAGACAUAAUUCUGGCUACAGACCUAGCUCACCACCUUCGCAUUUUCAAGGACUUGCAGAAGAUGGCUGAUGAUGGGUACAAUCCAAAAAGCGGUAUGCACCGCUCCCUGCUGUUGUGCCUGUUGAUGACUUCAUGUGACCUCUCAGAUCAAACAAAGGGCUGGAAAACCACACGCAAGAUUGCUGAGCUGAUUUACAAAGAGUUCUUCUCUCAAGGCGAUUUGGAAAAAGCCAUGGGGAACAGACCCAGUGAGAUGAUGGAUAGAGAAAAAGCGUACAUCCCAGAACUACAGAUCAGCUUCAUGGAACACAUUGCCAUGCCCAUCUACAAGCUGCUUUCUGAGCUGUUUCCCAGGGCCACUGAGCUGUACGAGAGAGUGGCGGCAAAUCGUGAGCAGUGGACCAAAGUGUCCCACAAGUUCACCAUCCGUGGGUUGCCUAGCAACAAUAGUCUAGACUUCCUGGACCAGGAAUACGAGCUGCUUCAGUCCCAGGGUGCUUUCGGGAGCGAUGACCACUGCCUCAACGGUUGCCUUGACGACACAGAGGGGGGCAGGGGCUAGUAACGAAAACGGGCUGCUGAAGGUUUUCCUGAAGUUUUCCGUGGUUCAAUAAGAGGCUGAGGAUACCUUUUUAGCGGCCAAAGAGUGACAGGUCUAUCUGCAGUCAACCACUUAGAUGCUUAGCAGGCCAUGCCGAGUGGAAAGACAAAGUUUCAAACUAACUGAAUCAGACAGAUGAUCUGAAUGCGGUGGAUUUAUCUGAGUUGGAUCAAUGAUUAGAUGCUACAUGUUGCUUGUGUGAACCAGUCAAGGAGAGUAAAAGAUAGAGACUUUAUCUUUUUCAGCAGCUAUACUGGAAAAAUUUUUCCAUCAGUUUCCAGUUCAUUCACACAGUACUGAUCCUUUCUGAGAUUGUAAAAAUAAACACAUACCAUUCAAACACACAAGUUGGAGAGGAACGCUAAUUUUUAUGACAAAGACUGCUUCAACAUCUGACAGUGACAUGAAGUGCUAUACACUCGUAAAAUGUUUCAUCUCAGCUUAUGUUGAUUGAUAUGGCUCAGUAAAUGCAGCUGCCAUUCUUCUCACCUGAUGCACAUGAAUGCAUGAUGUUUGGACACCUCAUCUGUUAUUCUUUUUAGCGUUGAUUUUUCUCCACUGCUGCAGUCUGUUUUUACACCAUCAUAACACUUUUUUAUAUUCAGCCCUUCAGAAUAUAUUUAAUUAAAUCAUGGCCAUUGACUUGUACUGGGAUACAACCUGAUAUAUACUGAUCCAUUUACCCUCAUUGUUUCACUGGAGGUUUCGGACACUUGGACAAUCACUCAUCAAUGAUAUAGGAGUCGCUGAUCCAUGACCCUCCUUCAUGUUUCAAACAUUAAAAAAACACUUUGUGGCUAUUAUCACUACAUCAAUUGUGCAAAGACCACUCAAUACCUAAAAUCUCCUUUCAGUUUAUUAUUUUUUUUAGCAUCCAUUUCACUCUUUCUGUUUUUUGUUCGUUUUUUUUACUUCUUUCAUAAACCCACUUUAGGUAGAGAGCAACAGAAACCCUUUAAAAGAUCCAUCUCAACCAUUGGAGUCAAUGUGCUACAGUAGAGUAUGUUAAAUAGUGUGUCACUGAGUGUGUCAUAUGGAUCUGCCUUACUGCGUAUCUUUGCUGCCUUUCUUAGAGCUUUUAAUAUAUAAAUUGAAAUAAAGUCUGUUUAGUAUGUAUGUUGAGCAUUUGUUCUAGACAUAGUGUGAGUAUCAAUGUGUUGACUGAAUGAUCACUGUACUGAGAAGAUGUGUUUGUGAACUACUCAUGUGAGGACCUCAGAUGUUUUGUCAUUUUACUUCUUUCAUUCUAACUUACCUGAGUGCUGUAGGCAGACGUAAAAGCAUUUUUUUAGCUUUCAGUGCAUAAUUAGAACUAGAGAUGUAGCCAUAGUAGAAAUCUGUCUUUCUUGAAAGCAUCAACAGUUCAUUACUGCUGCACUCUAAAGCAAAUCACAGUGUUCUCAAAUGUGUGCCUCAUAGAAAGCCUGACACUUCAGGGUCAUGGGGUGUUUGUUACAGAAUGCCAUACUCAAUUAAACCUUAAAAAUGUUUAACAAUAAAAAUGCUGCAGAGUUAGGAUGCGAUAACCACAGAGUUUUUGUAAAGUGAAACUUGUGCAUGUGAGCGAAUGAGUGGAUGAAUAAGUGUGGAUGACAAAGAAAGAGAAUUAGAAAGAAAGGGCUGCAGGUAGCUACUUUAAGAUCAAGAGAGAAAUGCUAAUAGAGCCGGUGAGGCUGACACGAACCUCAAGUCUUCUUCUAGCAUUUCUUCUACUCUCCUGCCUCUUAUGCAACACCAGGAAUAUCAGUGAAGGAAAAUGAAAGCAAAAUUAUUGCAAUCAUAGAAUUUAAGUAUAGAAUUUUCUUUGAAAAAAAAAUCCCAUGAGGGUGCUUGAGUGAAGACGGUUAAUUGGGUCAUAAAGUGGUUUGAUGUACGUGUCACUCCUUCAUUGGAAUCUGCAUUAGCGUGGCUGGAUGAAAACGUUGGAUCCGCCUUGCUCUGCUUAUUGGAUGGACUAUUUAUAAAGUUUAAAGGGUAUACAGCAGUGCUUAUGAAAAGGCCACUUCUUUUUUAGACUCUUUCCUCACUUGUGGUAAUUCCCAUUUCUAUGAUUUAAACCACUUUUCACAUUUACCUGCCUUUUUCAUGUGCAAUAUAAAGUGUCUGCCUCUGUGACAUUGCAUAGAUACAGAUGUAAAUACCUUAUGCCUCUUGUUAAAUUAUUGCUUUAGGUCUGAGUUGCCAAAGGCUUUUAAGUGUUAGAUCAAGAUGUUGAAAAAAAAAACUAUAUAUAUAGAUAAGAAGUGUGACUAUUUUACUCCUAAAAUGCUUUUGAGAGUUCAGACCUUUGACAGUUUUGUAUGGUAAGUGUGUAUCUGUCCCUUUUAUGUUUGUUUUGGAGAGUCAGGGCUAAAUGUGCCAAGCUAACAUUUUCUACUUCCUGGCCAAGCUGUAAAAUGAUCAACAAGAUGUAACUUAGGAUAUAUUUUGUUCUUUAUUCCUUUUGGGGAUCCCAUUUAACUGUUCUGAUGUAUCAUAACAGCUUGUCCAUUAAGUACAAACCUAAUCUACUGUAUUUCUCGUCAUCACAGCUGGUCUCUAACCUGUGAUGUAAUGUCAUUGUAAUGAUCACCUGUGACAUAACUGUUAAAAGUGACAAGAAUAUAAUUGCUGUAAAUAACAAAGUUUUAAAAGAAAGAAAUGUUUUUGUUUUGUUUUUUUUAUCGUCUGUCAUUAUUACUAUGGGAAGUAUUUUAAUCUGUAAUGUAUUUAAAGUGGUUGCUUCCUGUUCUUUCUUUUCUUUUUUCUUUUUUUUUUCUCAAGCCAUUUCUGAACAACCCCAACCUUAGACUUUUACAGAGGGGAUGGAAAAAAUUCUAUCUGUAUUUAGGAUAUAAAGAUGAUAUUCUGCCACAAAUACAAAAGAUCCAGAUGAAUUAUAUAAAUUAUACUUAUACAGAGAGGUAAAUCUUCUUUUAAUCAUUUGUAUUGAUAAGUUCUGAGUGCUAGUGGUCUUGUUCUUCAGAUGUAAUGAACAUUUACAGUUUUGAGAAGAAGACAAAUGAGUGAUUUCUUUUUGUUUGGUUUGGUUUUUCUUUCUUGGAAUAAAUCUAUUGAAACGUC